AUGGCAGUGGCGGCGGUGGAUCAUGGCGGUGGCAGUGGCGACGAUGAUGAUGGUGGCAAUGGUGGUAAUGAGUUGGAUCCGUCGUCGUCCUCACUGAGUAGUAGAAACAGGAUAUUUGAAAUGAAAUAUGGCGAGAAUGGGCUCUCCAUAAUGAUCGAAAUGGAGUUUGUAGGGAAGGAGGACGUGAAGGUUUCGGUGGAACAGAAUAAGAUAUUCAGCACAGGUGGAAUAUGGAUCGAACUUGGUAAGGAGCUCUACAAGAAGAAGAAUCAGAUCAAGGUAGAGAUGAAGAAUGGAGUGCUGAGGAUGAUUAUUCCCAAAGUGAAAGAGGAAGAGGAGGAGGAGAAGAAGGAGAGGAAGGACGUCCACCAUGUCCAGAUCACUCAUCUUUAG